AUUAACACAAAUUACAAAGUUAUAGUAGACAUUUCAUUUGAUGCAAAAAAUAAACUUGAGGAUUCAUUUAGUGAUAAUAUAGUAGUUAGAGUUGAUGUUUCAGAUGAUUCUAGCAAAAAAACUGUGGAUAAAUUUAUAAAAGAUU